AUGUCCGCUUCCAACGCCCGCCCGCUGGCCAUCUUCACGGGUUACAUGGUUCUGGCCGCUAGCCUCACGGCAAAGACGAUUGGCAUCAUUCGCAGCCAGCAACGCGUUUCUUCCGUGCAACAUGGGUCUUCCAGCCCCAACAACCGUCGCGUCAUCGCGGUAUUUAGCAUACUUGCAGCCUUAAGCCUUGCCACAACCUGGUAUCACAUGUUCCGCUUCUUCGAGUGGUCGUACAUCCAAUGGGAUUCUCAGCAAGUCUGGGCAGCCGUAGUUGGCGGUAAGCCCACCGGCUUGAGACUCGGAGAAUGGUUGCGCGACACGUCGCUGUUCAGACAGGCCUGGGCGUCAACUCUGGAGACGGGCCCUAGGGCGUGGUGGUCGUUGCAGAUAUUCGGGUUUUGCGCCAACUGGAGUGUAUUGCUUGCGGCUCAAGCUCAAAAGAGACUGAUCCCUCACGCUUGGGUUUUCGUGCUGCUCGGCCAAGUGGUAGCCAUUUCAUUUGCUGCCAACAUGUCCUUUCUCGCCAUCCUUUGCAGCAGGGUUCCAAUCCAAGAGGCAGCCAAAGACCAGCGGAAGCGAGACGACGCGAACUCGUCUUUAUUGUCAUGGCACACAAUGAUCCUCAUUGUGACCUUGAUCUGGGCGACGAUCAUUCCUGCCGCUGUCGACAACCCUAGGUUCCUAUCGCUGCUUCUGGGCCCUCACCUAUUGGCAUUUGCGCCCUUGGUUCUGAAUAAGUUCCUACCAUCGCGGCUUCUGAGCGAGCCAGGGUGGUAUUGGAAGGCUGCGUCGAUGGCUUGGAUGCUUGCUGUGGCCACCAAGGGGGUGGUUGGUGAGAGCGAGGACCUUGAGGUUGUACUAAAGACGCUGUAUGAGCAUCCUGCUGUGAGCAGUGUUGGGUGGGAUGUCAUAUGUUGUUGGAUCAGCUCUGCAGCGUGGUUUCUUAUUGGUUCCGACUAA